GCGCGCACGAGCUGGGAAGAGGGACUUUAGCGAUCUCGAAACUGAUCGUAACUGUUACUUCCGCUACUGUCUACUUUUUCGCUGAUCGAAGCUGAAAUUUAUGCUCCAAUUUGGUUGAUUGCGUUCUCUAGUGCAUGACCUCGAUAAGCAUUGGGGUUCUAUUGCUAUACUCAUGUCAAUGCUGAAAGAGGAUGAUCUGUCUUCAGACUCUGAGCUGUUAUCCAAACUUUUCGUUGACAUUCUUGAUUCUAUCAUAGUUGAUGUUGCAUCAGAGUCUCACCGAAUUGCAAGGCUAGGACUUGAUUGUAAUUUAGAUAACGAGGAAGAGGAACUGAGAUUGUCUGCGGAAGCAAGAGCACGAGCAUCUGAUCCAAGCAAUAGCGGUGAAGCCAAUGGCAAAUACGUGGUUGAUAUAUUUGGGCAAACUCACCCUCCAAUUGCGAACGAAAUAUUCGAAUGCAUGAACUGUGGCAGAGCUAUUAUGGCUGGAAGAUUUGCUCCUCACUUGGAGAAAUGCAUGGGAAAGGGUAGAAAGGCUCGUCUCAAGUCAACAAGGAGCACCACCUCUGCACGGAACCGGUACUCACGAGGAAGCCCUCUUUCAACUCCGUCCCCUUGCUCAAAUUCCAGGGGCCGUUUAUUAAACGGAAGUUCUGGCAUUGCAGGUGAUGAAUAUAGGAACAGUACUUUGGAAGAGCCGUGAAAGUGACAAGGUCCAAACUGUAAACCGAAUAGAACCAAGGAAGAAUAAGAAUCAAAUCAAACACCUUUAGUGAACCUAACAUUGCGGCGCUGGAUCCUUGUCUGCGGAUUAUGUUGCAGCUGCUGUAUUUUGGACUACUUUUCGCCCGAAUGUGGUAUUUUCUGGUGGGAGCAGUUGAGGAUUUUUAAUGGAAAUUCAACUGCAGUGACAAGAAUUCACAUACAUACAACAUCCUUACAAGAUUA